GAGUAUGGGCAAUUUGUUGUGCUGUGUACAAGUUGAUCAAUCCACCGUCGCAAUUAAGGAACAGUUUGGCAAGUAUCAAGAUGUGCUUCAGCCAGGUUGCCACUUUCUGCCUUGGUGCUUCGGAUUCCAGUUAGCUGGCCAUCUCUCCCUCAGACUGCAACAAUUGGAUGUUCGCUGCGAGACAAAGACAAAGGAUAAUGUGUUUGUCAAUGUUGUGGCAUCAAUUCAGUACCGUGCCCUGGCAGACAAAGCAAAUGAUGCUUUCUACAAACUAAGCAACACUAAGGGUCAAAUUCAGGCCUAUGUUUUUGAUGUCAUUAGAGCAAGUGUUCCAAAACUCAAUCUUGAUGAUGUUUUCGAGCAGAAAAAUGAAAUUGCCAAGGCUGUCGAGGAUGAACUUGAGAAGGCUAUGUCGGCUUAUGGAUAUGAAAUUGUUCAAACACUUAUAGUUGAUAUAGAACCAGAUGAGCAUGUGAAGAGAGCUAUGAAUGAAAUCAAUGCUGCUGCUCGGAUGAGGGUGGCUGCUAAUGAGAAAGCAGAGGCGGAGAAGAUUUUGCAAAUUAAAAGGGCUGAAGGAGAGGCAGAAUCAAAGUAUCUAUCAGGGUUAGGUAUUGCACGACAGCGUCAAGCGAUUGUGGAUGGUUUGAGAGACAGCGUGCUCGGAUUCUCAGUGAAUGUGCCGGGAACCUCAGCAAAGGAUGUAAUGGACAUGGUCCUCUUAACCCAGUACUUCGACACCAUGAAAGAAAUUGGUGCUUCCAGCAAAUCAUCUGCCGUCUUCCUUCCUCAUGGGCCUGGUGCUGUAAGAGAUGUGGCAAGCCAGAUUCGCGAUGGACUCCUCCAAGCUUCUGUGGACCAUUAAAUGUUCUACUAUAUCAGAAAUGUCAAAUGAUUUUCACUUGAAGCUGCCUUUUUCAUUUUGUGUUUACUUUCUGCAAGUGUGGAUAUGUUUGGUGAGUUUGACUUUGUAUUUGUGAAUGCCUCUAGUACCUGUAUAUUGUAAAAAAAAAUACUAGUAUCUCCAAACCUUUGAAGAAUUGUGAAGUAUAUACUAUUAAUAGAUUGAUGUGAUAUUUCUCCUCGUUAA